AUGUCGUGUGCAGCACCUGAUUCGCUUCAAGCUCGACUGCGUCGCGGCGAUAUUCCAUGCCGAGGUGUCAAUCUUGGUGGCUGGCUUGUCGCUGAACACUGGAUGACUUGGGACUCGUGUCUGUGGCACGGCGUGCCUGAUGAAAUUAAAAAUCAAGGAGAAUUUGCCACUAUGAAAUUUUUAGGCCAUGAAGAAGGCGAUCGGCGCUUUGAUGAACAUCGACGCACGUGGAUUACGGAGUACGAUAUUGCAGAGAUAAAGCGUUUUGGUCUAAACACGGUACGAGUCCCUGUCGGCUACUGGAUAAUGGGCUUUGACCCAACAGACUUUCCCAACAAGCAGGAGUGGACGGUGUUUGCUCCCCAUGCGAUGCCGUACCUGGACGAGCUGUUGAAUCAUUGGUGUGUGAAGUACGAUUUAGCCGUUAUCGUGGAUAUCCACGCAGCAAAAGGGUCCCAAAACGGCCGAGACCACAGCGCUGCAGUGGACAGCGGUGCCAAAUAUUGGGGCCAAUACCCAGAAAAUGUCGACAAUACCGUCAUAUUAGCAACCUUCUUGGCUUCAAGAUACCGCAACUGUCCAUCAUUUCUUGGCAUUGGCCUACUGAAUGAGCCAGAGCAUCCAACCGAGCACUAUGUACUUCGUAACUACUACGAACGAGCAUACUCUGCUAUUCGUGCAACUGGAAACGACUGCGUACUGACUGUGGCACCGUUGCUUACCGAGCAAUGUCCACCGCACAUGGAAGAUUUUAUGCGAUAUCCUAAAUUUUUUAACGUUUGGCACGAAUGGCACCCGUAUUUUUUAUGGGGCUACGAGGGUCAAAAUCGAAAGCAAGUGCUAGAAGCUGUACGUCGGUAUGGUAAUCAGGUUUCAUCGUGGAAGGGGAAUUGGCUGCUUAUUGAUGAGUGGAGCCUUGGUGCACAAAAUUGUGCGUUUCCAUGUGAAGAUCGCCAUGGAUUGCAACAAUUCGCGUCUGCGCAACUUGAAGCUUUUAGUAAGGCACAUUCGGGAUGGAUCUUCUGGUCCUGGCGCCACUCAGAUGAUGGAAAUAAUCGCCCGACGGGCUGGUCAAUGCGGCAAUUAUUGCGUGAUGGCAUUAUAAGGGUGUACGAAGUGUGA